GGUUCCUCAGAGGCUUCCCCUCCUUUCCCACCAGGGAUAGUCAUCCUGGGGCUGAGGUCUGACAGCAGGUGGAAGCAGCCCGUGUGUGUGGAGAGCCUUCCGGAGGGCAUGCCCCGCGCCUUCCUGGUCAGGAGUCGGCGUCCACAGCCCCCCAACUGGGGCCAUCUGCCUGACCAGCUCCGGGGAGAUGCCUAUAUCCCAGGUGGGCCCCUCACUGUGCCUGGAGGUAAGGGGCAGGAGAGACGCAGUGUCACCAUCUGGCUUUUCUCCUCAGACUGCAGCAGCCUGGGGGGGCCACCGGCACAACAGUCGUCCAGUGUCAGGGAUCCGUGGACAGCGCAGCCCACACAGGGCAACCUGACCUCUGCUCCCAGGGGCCCAGGGACGCUGGGCUGCCCGCUCUGCCCUAAGGCCUUCCCUCUGCAGCGCAUGCUGACAAGGCACCUCAAGUGCCACAGCCCCGUGCGCCGCCACCUGUGCCGCUGUUGUGGCAAGGGCUUUCAUGACGCCUUCGAUCUCAAGCGCCACAUGAGGACUCACACUGCCCUCCCCUCUGCGCCCAUCUGUGCAGGGAUCCGGCCCUUCCGCUGCAGUGCUUGCGGGAAAGCGUUUACGCAGCGCUGCUCCCUGGAAGCUCACCUUGCUAAGGUGCAUGGACAGCCGGCCAGCUACGCUUACCGUGAGCGCCGCGAGAAGCUGCACGUGUGCGAGGACUGCGGCUUCACCAGCUCCCGGCCCGACACCUACGCACAGCACCGCGCCCUGCACCGCGCAGCCUGAUACGGUGUGCCAGCGUCCUCCCCACGAGGCAAAUAAACACAGAAAACUCA